AUGCUGGUGGUCCUGCUCACAGCGGUCUUGCUGGCCCUGAGCUCAGCUCAGAGCACAACAGAAGAUCUCCAAAAAGGAACACAGAGCCUCGCCUCAGACUCCUCGGAUGUUUAUGGGAAUGAAAAGAAGAGCAAACUUAUGGAACCAUCUGUAGGAGAGGAUAAAGAGAAUUCUGCCACUGCUGGUAAUGCACUGGAUAGUCAAGAGCAGAAACAUCAAGUACAAUUGGCUACAGAGCAAAGUGUCUCUACUCCCGAAAAAGCACCAAAAGGAGCCCCCCAAAGAAGACUGUGGCAGUACUCCUCUGUUGCGGAAGUUCAGAAAACUCCUCAAUCUCCUCCUUCUGGCAAAGAACACCCAUCACUUACUUUUAAAAAAUUGUUAAAUAAAAUAGCCCAACCUUUUUUCACGGAUGAAAUACUGUAUCGGUUUGGUUAG